AUGUCUAGUGUAAACCCAGAAGUGAUACUUCGUAAGAGAAGAAAUACUGAUAGAACCCGGUUAGAAAAACAAGAGUUAUCUAGAGAGAAAAGAUUGGCUAAAGAAAGAGAAAAUCGUAAGAAUAAGAAUAAAUUUAUUAGAAUUGAAAGUAUUGCAUCCAACACGUUAGCUACAGGGAGAGAAAAGGAAAGAAUCAAGAGAAUUUCUAAAUUGGAGAAAUUGGAACGUAAAAACUAUUUUCUAACAAUCAGAGAAAUUGAAAACAACGAGGAAGAUGAAGAAGAAAGUUUGAUUAAAGAAAAAAUAGAAUAUGAUGGUAAGCCAACACUAUUGUUUGUUGUUAGAGUCAAAGGUCCCAAUCUAGCUAGUAUGCCACAUAAAGUUUGGAAGAUUUUAAAGGUUCUAAGGUUGGUGGAUAUAAACAGUGGUGUAUUUGUUAAAUUGACGAAUGAAACAUUUGGAUUGUUUAAAUUGAUUGCGCCAUAUGUGAUUGUUGGUACACCUUCGUUGGCCUCUAUCAGAUCUAUUAUUCAAAAGAGAGCUAGAGUGAUCAAUGAUGAAGGAAAUAGUGUUGUAAUGAAUGAUAAUAAUUUGAUUGAAGAAAGAUUGGGAGAGAAGUGUGGUGUUAUAUGUAUGGAGGAUAUUAUACAUGAGAUUGCGCAAAUGGGGGAAUUUUUCAAUCAAUGUAAUUUUUUCAUGGAACCAUUUAAAUUGAAUAGAGAAGUUUCAGGGUUUAAUGCAUUGAGUAAAUUGAAUAAGAUUAAAGCCAAGGAAUAUCAAAAUAAGAGAAGAAUGGUUAAUAAUUCUUGUAAUGCACCAGUUGUCAAGGUUGAUGUUGAUGAAAUAUUGUCUAAGAUCAACUGA